GAUGGGGAAAAUGCGUCUGCUGAGGAAAACGCCGAAGAUGUAGAGGCUCCAUCUUCAUCCAGAAAAGCAUCUGGGAAAUCCCAAAGUCAGGAUGAAACUGAUGGAGAAACUUCAGAUGGCGUCAGUAAAUCUGUUCAUCGGGUCUUUGCGUCCAUGCUUGGGGAAAAUGAAGAGGAGGAGGAGGACGAAGAGGAAGAGGAAGAAGAAGAAGAGGAAGAAGAAACUACUGAGCAACCCACAGCUGGAGAUGUUUUUGUGUUAGAGAUGGUACUUAAUCGAGAGACCAAGAAAAUGAUGAAAGAGAAGAGACCUCGCAGCAAACUUCCUCGUGCCUUGAGGGGUUUGAUGGGAGAGGCCAAUAUCAAGUUUGCUCGAGGAGAACGUGAGGAGGCUAUUCUAAUGUGCAUGGAAAUAAUUCGACAAGCUCCUCUUGCUCAUGAGCCAUUUUCCACUCUUGCCAUGAUCUAUGAAGACCAGGGUGAUAUGGAGAAGUCAUUGCAGUUUGAACUGAUUGCAGCUCACUUAAAUCCUAGUGAUACCGAGGAAUGGGUUAGGCUAGCAGAAAUGUCACUGGAACAGGACAAUAUUAAACAGGCUGUUUUUUGCUACACAAAAGCUCUGAAAUAUGACCCAACCAAUGUGCGUUAUCUAUGGGAGAGAUCAAGCCUGUAUGAACAGCUGGGGGAACAUAAGAUGGCUAUGGAUGGCUACAGGCGUAUUUUGAAUCUCCUGUCUCCCUCGGAUGGAGAGCGCUUCAUGCAGUUGGCUAGAGACAUGGCAAA